CCUGCAAUGGUGAACUCUUUCUGUAAGAGAGUUUCAUCUUCUAUUCCCAGGAUUCUGAACUGGAGCAACACCAUCGUCACCAAAAAUCCAACCCUUCGAGACUUGAAGGGCAAGAUUUUUGAUUUACCUUUGGAGAAGUUGAAGAUAAAAAACAUGCGCCCUACUGAUGAAGAGAGGCAGCAGCUUCAACUUGACGGUCUAUUUAUCGAUGAAUCUAUUGAUGAACGUGGUGUAGCGAAGCAAUCCUUCGAGGGUGGGUCAUCUUCAAAGAAGUCUGAUUCAGCAGAUAUUGAUUGGAUGAAAUCUAAGCUGGAGAUGCUCAUUUCGAAUCAAUCAUCAUUGGUCGAGGACUUCAUUUCAUUGAGGUGUUUUGUUGAUUUUAAUUUCAAAUCCGUAAUGACUGUAAUUAAGGAUAUCCAAGAGAAGGUUAAUGCCAUUCAUCGUCGUCCUUCUGACGAGGUAUUUAUUCUUAUUUUAUUGUUUAGGUUUUUUUAUAUUUUUUUUUUUGUAUAGUUUCUUUACUGUUUUAUUUAAGUUUCAUUUAUGUUGGUUGAUACAGGGAAAGUCAUCGGAUGAAUUAGUAACUCAAGAUUCUGAUGAUGAUGCUGAUGAUGAUGAUGAUGCCGAGGAUGAUGAGAAGCAAUUGCCUGAUCCAGAAAAUAUUGAUUCCGACUCCGACGAUGGUGGUGAGUUGGUUAAAGUUGGUGGGGAUGCUGAUGAUGCUGACAAGGUUGUUACUGCUGUUCCUUCUGCUGAUGUGAAUCCAUCUGAGGAUGUUGGAGGGAGUGAUAAAAAUGUUAAGGAUGUUGAGAAGCCGAAGGGCGAUGAGUCUCGAUUGAAGGGGGACGAUUUCUUUGAUGGGUUGAGCCAGCUUGUAAUAGAUGAUGAUCAAGUUGUGUUGGCUGGCUUGGAGGCUGUUGCUAAAAUCAAUGUCCCCGCACCCAAUCCAGAUGUUGUUGGUGAAAAGUCAGAUGCCCUUCAUACUGAUGAAGAAACUGAGGAUACUGUCUCUGAUACACCUCUGUUGGAUAAGAGGAAGCGUGCUCCGGCAUUGAAAUCUCCAUUUGUUGAUUUCGGGUCUGCUGAUGUCGGGAGCACUCCAAUGGAGCUUAUGUCCUCAGGCUCUCAAUCAGCUGGGGAUGAUAGGAAUUUCAAAAUGGUGACUUAUGUGAAGGGCCUUUAUGCUCUUAAUGAUGCUUUUGCUGAUCCCGUAUCUACCGAGAUUGAGGCAAAAUUUGACUCUUGGAUUGGUGAAGGAUUGCUUAAACAUCCUAGGCAUUAUAAUUGUUAUGAAGACGGCGCAAAGAAAUUUACCCCGGGUUUUAGGCUAGGUGUUGAUUAUGUUGAGGAUAAAACUUGGUUUUACCAUUUGGCCACAUGCGACAUGUUUAUGAACGACUCGCAUAUGAACACCAUAUUCUAUUACCUUCGGAAAAAAGGUAAGUAUUCUUCUGCUGUGACGUUGAAUUUCGCAACUACUGAUUGUCUUUUUGAUGAUUCCAUCCAAGCAUUGUACCACAAAUUUAACAAGGCCAAGUCAAUGAAGACUAAGAUGUCACACAUUCACGCUGCCCACCCAAUUGCGCAUUACAUCCGAGGUAUGCGCAUUCCCUGUUCCAAGCCUUGGUAUGAAGCCGAUCACGUGCUUUUCAUCUUCAAUUUAAGAAGGGAAAGUCAUUGGGUUUUUGGGCGUCUUGACGUGAACGAAGGGACGUUGUUUCUGUACAAUUCUUUGAGAACCGCGAAGAUGAAUGCCGCAGCUAGGAAUGCGAUGAAGGCUUAUUCCGUGUUGCUGCCUUUGUUUUUCGAUUUACUUGGGUUCUGGAAGAAUAGACCACAAGCUCCUGCCUCAGUUUCGACCCUACAGCUCCAUUCAGAAUCGUGGAGCUUAGUGGUCUUGCGUCUCAGCAGAAGAAGUGAGUGUUUCUUUUAA